AUGGGAGCUGCGAUAUCCUUACCUCUAAUUCCAAUAUCGUCGCUUGCGUCAUGUUUUGGUGCAGCGGCUUGUUCAGCUCUAUGCACAUCAAUAGGUGGUACUUUCAAAUCUUCGAUUAUGACUAGAAUAACAUACGCAAUACUAUUGUUGGUCAAUUCAUUAAUAUCUUGGAUCGCCUUAUCUCCCUUCAUCAUUCGGAAACUCGAAAAAGCAACAUUUGGAUUCAUAAACAUUAGCUGUGGCCCCGACGGCAGUCAGUGCAUUAGUUUCACUUCCGUACAUAGAAUUAAUUUUGCCUUGGGAAUGUUGCAUUUGAUUUUAGCGGCGUUGUUGGUGAAUGUUAAAUCGACGGCAAACCCAAGGGCCGUAAUUCAAAACGGGUGCUGGAAAAUGAAGAUAUUCGCUUGGAUGACGUUCAUUUUCAUCAAUUUUGUCUUGAUCCCCGAUGGCUUUUUUGUUUUUUACGGCAACCAUAUUGCAAUCAUCUUUUCAACAAUCUUUUUAGGUAUUGGGUUGAUUCUUUUGGUUGAUUUUGCCCAUGCAUGGGCUGAAAAGUGUUUGGAAAAGAUAGAAAUGGAAGAUUUGACGGGAGAAGGUGAUGCCGGGUUUUGGAAAAAGCUAUUGGUUGGUGGCACGUUAACAAUGUACAUUGCCAGCAUCAUCUUAACUGUCGUUAUGUAUUGGUUUUUUGCAGGCAAAGGAUGUUCAAUGAAUAAGACGGCAAUAAGUUUAAACUUGGUUUUUGCUAUUAUAAUAUCAGCAUUGUCUAUACACAAUACAGUUCAGGAGUAUAACCCACACGCCGGUUUGGCUCAAUCUUCAAUGGUUGUAUUCUACUGUACCUACUUGGUUAUGAGUGCAGUUGCCUCAGAACCGGACGACAAAUACUGCAACCCAUUGGUAAGGUCAAAGGGAACCAGGACAGCAAGUGUGGUGUUAGGUGCCUUUUUCACUUUUAUAGCAGUGGCAUACACAACAACAAGAGCAGCCGCAAAUUCGGCCUUCAGUUCUGAAUCGACUGAGGAUUUUGUUACUCCAGGUACAUCGACGACAACACAGCCGUCAGCUCGAAGUGAGAUGAGAUACCAAGCUCUAAAACAAGCAGUGGAUGAGGGAUCGCUCCCCGAGAGUGCCUUGAAUCAGGUGGACUUGUACGAUGACGAAGAAGUCAAUGAUGAAGAGAGAUCAACUGUCAAGUACAACUACUCAUUAUUCCAUAUCAUAUUCUUUUUGGCAACUCAAUAUGUUGCUACAUUAUUGACAAUCAAUGUAAAGCAAGAUGAUUAUGGUGAUUUUGUACCUGUUGGUAGGACAUAUUUUGCAAGCUGGGUUAAAAUUGUGAGUGCCUGGGUUUGUUUUAUCUUGUACGGUUGGAGCUUGGUUGCCCCAGUUAUUUGGCCAGAUAGAUUUGGUGUGCUGUUGUAG